ACAACUAGGUUAUGCUCAAUAAACAUAUUUCACAUUAUGACUGUAAUGGAUACCAGUCAUGAAUGUUCAUAGAUACGUAACAGAUACUGAUAGCUAUAGCAGCGCUUAAGGAUAUUAACCUUUGGAAGCUUGUGUGUUCGCAGAUGUCUUUGCAGAGAUGUAUAGUUCCUUAACAGAUGAGAUAGAUAAAUGGCUAUAUGUUUAAGAUGAUAGUGUUCCACUGUGUGUUAACCAUAGAUAAGCCUGCUGAAAUGAUUUUAUUUAUUCAAUGUAAUAACAGUAAUAUUGCCAGAUGUUAAUAUGUCUCUUUUCCAUGGAGAAAUAUCUUGAAGGAACACAACAACAACAAAAAUAAUUGCAUAUAAUAAAUAGCCUAAAAGAUUAAAAGAGAGCCUGCUCAUUCUCCCAUAUACUGUUAAUAUUCUGAAAUUCUAUUACUUAACAGUGCUUCAGUGGAGUGUUGAUGUUAAUUCAGUGGAAUCUGGAUUUCACCGUGAUCCCAAGUUAGAUACCCGGGUGGCCAAGGUGAUAAAGGGACCUGGAGACAGAAGCAGAUUAGCUGGCAAAUGGCAAAGGACCCUCAAUCCUUCAGUCUAAAGAGAAAGGACCCCCUUUUUGUUGGGAAAUGUGACUCAGUGAACUACAGUCGCCCCUCCAAGUCUGCAGACUUGAAAUCUGCAGACUUGAAAAUCCGCAGAGGGAUGACCACCAUUAACCUCAAUGGGGCAUGCACCCAAUUCAAGCCUGUGGGACUUGAAUAUGUAGGAGUUUUGAAACUUACAGUGCCGGAACAUACUGAACUUGCUUGGAUUCUGGGGUGUUUCACAAGUGUACCGCGUCUGCAACAUUUUCCUCAUUGGAAGAUAAAGAAUGCUGCCCAGAUGAGUGAAGGAUCAGUUGGCCUCUUCACUUAUCCUGUUCUUCAAGCCGCUGAUAUUCUUCUCUACAAGUCAACACAUGUUCCUGUUGGAGAAGAUCAAGUCCUUCAUUUGGAGCUGACCCAAGAUACAGCCCGCCGCUUUAACAAGAAAUAUGGAGAUUUUUUUCCAGUGCCUAAAGCCAUUUUAACCACUUCGAAGAAGGUGAGGUCCCUCAGAGAUCCUGCAUCCAAAAUGUCAAAAUCAGACCCUCAAAAGUUAGCCACAGUAUGCAUAACAGACAGUCCUGAGGAGAUAAAACUGAAAUUUCGUAAGGCGGUCACAGACUUCACCUCUGAGGUGACUUAUGACCCAGAACGCCGCCCUGGAGUCUCCAAUCUUGUGGCCAUCCACUCUGCUGUCACGGGGCUCAGCACUGAGGAAGUGGUACACCAGAGUAUUGGCCUUGAUACUGCUCAUUACAAGGCAGUGGUAGCAGAUGUGGUCAUUGAAAAAUUUGCUCCAAUCAGGAAUGAGUUCAAGAGGCUAAAAGAAGAUAGAGCUUAUUUGGAGAAAGUUUUAUGCACCGGAGCAGAAAAAGCCAAAGAACUUGCAGGCCCUGUGUACUGGGAAAUCAAAAGACUGGCGGGACUGCAUUAAUCCAGAGAGGGAAAGCAGUAUGCAUCUGUUACUGUUUUAGUCCUUUCUGUGUCUUGAACCCCACUGUUGUCCUUUUUUGGAUGGAUCCAUAAGGCCUGGUAGCCAAACCAUUCCUCCUCUGGCAUUGCAGAGACCAGCAGGCAAGAGAACAAGACAAUACCCAGCAGAAACUGAAGUUAAAGUUUAACUUCACUCCAGCUCCAUAAUUGAGUUGACUGUGGAACCUUUGUGACCUGUUUUGUCUGGGAGAGACAUGUUUCAAGAACAAAUAAUUCCUGUGUCAGCCUGUGCUAUUGAUCAGGGUGUCUAUAGCACAGGUACAGUCUUAUGCGCUGGCUAUGGUUGACAUCUCUGGCAGUCCAAGAAAACUUGUACUAAAGUUCUCUGCUCAAAUGCAGUUCUGUGGCCACUGCUGUAUGUAAGAAUACUCCUUGAAUAGUCUGUUCUAAAAGAAAUUAAAAUUUAAAAAUGCAGAUUC